CCGUCGUUUCGCACAAGAAAAUAUGGUUCAUCACUGGCGCAUCCUCAGGACUUGGCCUCAGCAUGGCUAUGUCUGCCCUCUGCGCUGGCCAUCGGGUGAUUGGUACUGGACGAAACGUUGAGAAGGCUUCAUCAGAACAUCCAGAGUUCGCUCAACUUGGCGGACAAUGGCUCCAGCUCGAUGUAUCAUUGCCAGACGCUGAACAGGCUAUACAAGAAAUCGUAGCACUGGAAGAGCAGCGUUUUAGCACCGAGACUGAACCGCUCCACUGGGUUGUCGUGAACAAUGCAGGUGCUACUUUGCUCGGAGCAGUGGAAGACAUGAGCGAGAAUCAGAUUCAGCAAUAUUUGCAGACCAAUUUGUUCGGGUUCAUUCGUGUAUGGAAAGCCUUGCUGCCGACUCUACGCCGCAACCGCACAGGAACUCUUGUCAGCAUUUCAUCCAUCUGGGGGUUUGUCCCAAAGCCAGAACACAUGCUCUACAGCGCUGCCAAAGCUACUACCGAAUCUCUGACCGAAUCGUACGCCACUCUGCUCGAACCGUUUGGCAUCAGGACUAUGAUCGUAGAGCCUGGAGGCUUCAGAACCCCUUUUGCAGCCAACAACUCCAAAUCGGAUGGCGGUAUUUCGGCAGAUUACGAACCCAGGAUUCAAGCUUGGAUUGACAUUGUAGAUGCAGCGUCAAGGGAUAAGACAAUGGUGAACGGAGACCCUGCCAAAUUUGGCGACAGAGUUGUUGAGGCCGUUGAGAACCAAGGCUUCUUCGAGAGUAUUUGGGCAGAACAUGAUAAGAGUAAAGCUCUGAGAGUCUUGCUGGGGACAGACUGUUAUAGCUUAUUUGAGAGAAGGCUUGGGACUCUGCAGCAGGGAUAUAUAGAUAUGGCUGAGGUGGCUAUAUCAACAAAUGUAGAUCAGUAGCGUUGAAGGGCAUGUAAUGUUGAGAUAGAAGCAGUCAAGUUCAAGUAGUCUUUUCAUACGGUACAGAUUCUCUAAAGUUGAUAUUGAAUCCAGAAAUGAAAAGAGAUGUGGAUCAAC